AAAAAAAAAAACGUGGAUGUUUACAUCGUUGCGUGUGUUUGUUUUUGGGGUUGUGCAAGUGCUACGUGUUCUUUCUGACUGGUUUUUCUCCUUCUACGUUGUUGCGAGAUAAGGGAUGAGUAAUAUCGCCUGCUCACGCGUACUUGGUCCGCAUUGUCACGUGCAGACGUAACACGUCGCGAUGGACGACAGCGAGCGUUAUGAACGCGCCGAGCAGAAACAUCAGUCCUCCGCGUUGGCGGAGGUCGUUUUCGGGAAAUCUCUACGAGGAGUCUCCACCGAGUGGACCUCGACGAAUGCAGGGAGGAUUCUGGACGCUUCCACGCUGGCGCAGUCGCCGCCACAAGUACAGGACCCUGCGAUCACCUGAAGAGGAAACAGCACCAGCGAUCGUCGCAUCUUCCAAGCCGAAGCGCCCUAGUUUACUCGAUCAGCUGGUACGAAGGCUGACGGCACUGAGCCGCCCUCCAGCGCAUAAACCGACACCUCAGGCCCGCGGGGGUUCGGGGGGUCCUCCGCGGGUGCCGGCGGUGGAACGACCGACCGAAGAACGUCUUCCAGCGGGUCUGCGGAAUUUGGGGAACACAUGUUUCAUGAACGCUGUGUUGCAGUGUCUCAGCAGCACGGACAUGUUAUCGGAGUAUCUCAUGCUGGAUCAUUACAGGCGAGAGCUGCUGAACCGAAACAAAAGACGACAAAGACACCAAACUCUAGAAGAGGAGUGUGUCCUUGUGGACGCCCUCAUCCAGCUCCUCAGAGCGUUGUGGGCUGCGGAAGAAGAUGACGGAGACUGCGAGGGGGCCCUGCGCCUGUUUCGAGCCGCCGUCGCUAGACAGGCCACCCAGUACGAGGGGAGUGACCAGCACGACGCUCAGGAGUUCCUCGUCUGGUUGCUCGACCACCUCCAUCAAGAGCUGCAGGCGUGUAAACGCCACAGAAACCACAAGACACCACCUCCGAAGUCACGCGGGGACCUGACCGAGCUGUCUCAGCACCAGCGAUGGCGCAGCCCCGUGGGCUGGCUCUUUGAGGGCAGCCUCCGCUUGAGGCUUACGUGUCCGCGCUGCAACCAGUUGAGGGACUCCUUCGACCCCUUUCUGGGCCUCUCCCUGCCGUUGCCCACCAGGCUGCACCGGAAAAAGAGGACGGUCAGCCUACGGCUCACGUUGCGCGCGGCCAGCCCUCCUCAGUUACAGGUUCGUGUUCAGCUGGAAAUGAGUGACGGCUGUCGCGGCUCGGACCUGAUAACUGGGCUAGCAUCGAUAUACAAAGUCCCGGAGGGCCAGCUCAUGCUGCUCGAGGAAACGGAGGAUGGCCUCGGAACGGCCUUUGACCCCGGCCACACUGUGCCCGUGUCCGGGGGUCUGUUGGCGUUGCAGUUGCCGCACGAGGGGCCACCACCUCCAGACGUGCUCCUCGUCGUCUGCAGGUGCCGCGUCGGAAAUAUGGGGCCAUUCUUCGGCUGGACGUUCGCAGUUGAUGUGCCCCGUGAUGCGUCCUACGUUAAGUUACAGAAGAGAAUCUUGGAGGCUUUAGAAGGGCGGUCAGACACAACAGAACAGGAGUUACGAGACUCCUUUUCCCUGCUGUUGCUCGUCGGUGCCGGUCUGAGUCCCCGGACCAUUUCUGCAGACGUGGAUCACCCUCUCCUGGUGGAUGCCGUGGAGCUUGCGCUGCUUUAUUCCAGGGGGCGCUUUCCAUUUUCGCCGCCGCACGUGCGCCUGCUCCUCGAGUGGGACUCGGACGCUAAGGACAGGAUACUGCCCAGGGACUCUGACGAGAUCCUUGACGACUCUCCGCAGUACGAUUCUGUGAACGUAGCGGAAGAGAGCAUCACUUUAGAGGACUGCUUGGCUUUCUAUUUCACCGAAGAAAAGCUCGAACCCGAUGAGGCUUGGUUGUGUCCGCACUGCAACAGUCGACAACAAGGCGUCGCGCAACUUACCCUCUGGUCUUGUCCACAGAUCCUCGUUGUCCAUCUGAAGCGCUUUAAGCAGGAUAUAGGGAAGCUGUCUACGCCGGUGGAGGUGCCGUUGCGAGGCUUGAACCUUGGGCCCUACCUCUGCCCCGGGGCACCCAGCUCCGAAGCCUUGUACGACCUCUACGCCCUGUGCAACCAUCACGGCUCUGGAAUGCACGGCGGACACUACACGGCCUGCUGCAGACACCCCGUGGACGGCCGGUGGUACCACUACGACGACACCCGCGUUCGACGUCUUCACGAGGAAGAAGUGGUCACCUGCGACGCGUAUCUCCUCUUCUUCGUCCUGCAGAAACCGAGUGGUGAACACUGUGCCAGAAGUCCCUUCACUCGCCGCCAGUCGCUCCCGUUGCAUUCAGGCCGCAGUCGAAGCCACGACGACCUGUGCUCCCCUCCGCGACGGACGCACUCCGUGAGACGCCGCGAGCCGUCGCCGAAGACCCUCUCGGCGAAACAGCCUUCGUCGUCCUAUCUCACGGUGACCUCUGUGUGACUGGUCUGUAAUUAUUAUGUUUUUGCAACCUUCCUUUUUUUGUUCCAUAGACUGCAUCGUCAUCGGGUGAAAAAUGAAAGGGGGAAAAAAUGUUAUGGUCCUCACUGUGGUGCUAGUCUUUGAAGAGGUAGACACUUGUUGCUCAGGUCCCUUCAUGGUGGUGGCGGAUAUGAAACGUGUGAAAAGUUUGAAGGUGGUAAUGCAGGUAAUGUGCGUGCCGGUUGGAAGAUGUCGCUUCCGGCGCUUGUGUUGUCACGAAGGGAUUUGUUUUUCCGACGCUGUUUAUAAUGAAGCCAUCUUAUAUUUUAGUUUUGCAUACUUCUCGUUGUCGAUCCUCUAUUGUAAGGGAGUAUUUACUUAAUAUUAUCUGAGUACCUAAAGUCUAGGUAAGGACAAAUAGGCUGCUGUUUAAUCUAUCGUUUUAUUGUCCAUAUGUGAGCUUAUUGAGUUUGACCGUCAGAGUACGGUUCGUCGUUGCGUUUUGCUGAUGUAAAUUCUACGUCGUCGUUGAUGUACAGUUGUACCAUAUAUUUUAGUGCGUUCAGUGACGUUCCGUUUUUUUUUGUUUUUUUUUUCUGCGCCUAGAGUGUAGGUAUUUACAAAUGCACAUUUCAUAUGAGUGUUUUAUUACAUGUACUUGCAAAUUCGCAGCUGUACCUAAGUGGUUGGCUAUAGGAUGCUGCGUUCUCACCGGGUACAAGUUGAACAGAGUACAAAACGAGAGUUGCUAAGAAUGGCACCUCUAUACUAAAGCGGUGGCUUUAUGCCCGAGUCCGCACAUUUUAUUGGUUUGUCAUAUAUAUAUAUAUACAGGGUGUGUGCAGAAAAACAUGACCCGCAUUUUUACAUGUAACUCGUUGUCUACUUAGCCGAAGAACUUCCGGUGGCGCACGACGGCGUAUUUAUGCGUGCGAAAGCUACAAAAAAGAUCCUGGAAGCCAUACUCAGUGUAAAAAAAUUAACUGAGCGCGAAAACAUGGGCUUCCAUGCAUUAGAAUAGGGCGGUCAUGACAGUGCAUGGUAGUGCAUUUCGGUCUCAUGAGAGUUAUGUGCAGGCACCGCUAGGGGUACUGCCGGUGAGCAUCCAUGUGGGACAUCGUUUCGAUUUAUGCACCGAUAGCUCCCCUAGCGGUACUUGAACACAACUCUCCUACGUGUACCACGUUGCCCUUUCACGUACACCCUAUUGUCCACCGUGUUGCCCUAUUCUGAUGCACGGAAGCCGACGUUUUCGUUGUUCCGUUUAUUUUUUAAGCUGGGUAUGGCUUCCACAAUUUUUCUACAGAUUUCGCACGCAUAAAUGCGCCGUCGUGCGCCACCGGAAGUUCCUCGGCUAAGUAGACAACGAGUUACAUGUAAAAAUGCGGGUCAUGUUUUUCUGCACACACCCUGUAUAUAUAUAUAUCCCACGAAGCAACUUUGUUAGGACAUUUUAUUUCUGAGCAGCUCAAUAUAUCAGGGGGAUUGAAGUGCAAUAAAAAUUCGGAGCGCGACGCAGCAGGUGGCGCCACUACACGCAAACAUGCAACGUGCAUCAAAGCGGAACUGCUGCGUGCCUACGUCGCACUGCCAGUUCCCGGCCACUUCUCAGACGGUGAACAUCGCGGUUGCGGGCUUACGGGGCACCUGAACGGUGCUUUGAAAUAUAUUGCGCCAUUUAGGACUUUUAUUGGACGCUUCCUCAUAUUUACUUCCAUCCAUUUGCAACCCAGCAGGCAGUUUCCGGCCGUAGACGACUUGCAGUGGCUUGGCUAUAGGCUAUUUGUUAUCUCGAAGAGCCGCAGUUUAGCCGUAGAUUUAGAAACUGAUUUGCUAAGUCCAUCGUGUACGCUAUCUGCUUCGUAUCAUUGGAAUUUGCUGACAACUCGACUUGGCACGGCUAUACGAGCUAUUUUUUUCUUGGUGGAAACAGAAGCUCUCGCUUCUAUACGUAGGGAUUCGUUUGCAGACUGUUCUGCAUUCCGCUGUCGUCUGCUUACUGUCGGCCAUUUUAACCGCUGAUGUGUCGCAUAUGCUGUGCUGUGGCUCACCGGGAUAAGUGGCGAACUUUCGCCACCCUGCACGUUCUAGCACAUAUUGGUCGUAUAGUAAGGUGUUGGUUGAAUUCAAUAUUCAUACAGUGCCACCUUCAGAUUGAAACAGUUUCAAGUCCCCUGCGACAUGGCGGUACAGUUUUGCAGACAGCGUUGCACGUUGCAUUUCCAAACCGGGCGGAGCGCUGGUUUCGUAUUUCUGUGAUAAUCAAGUAUAGGUUAGAGAUACGCGUAUGUUACUGGAGGUACCCGUUUUAUAUAUAUCUUGUUGGUAGUUCGUUUGGGUUAAGCCUGUCGUAUUUGUAUGAUGAGAUAAAAAGUGUUAUCGAUGUAUUAGUUGAGGAAGUUAUUUGUUUGUUUAGCUACCAAGAAGUGUUUAAGAUAGAAAGUCAUCUGUCUUUUGAUACUUAUGCCUGGAUGCUUAGAUCUGGACAAUAAAAGUGUUUUUAUUGAACGUUA